AUGUCUAUAGUUACUGUUUUUGUACAGAGUGAUAAUGCGUCUUCAGAAAGGCGUUUUGAUAAAGGUAUCACCAUUAGUCAAUUGAAAACAAAACUCGAACCUAUCACUGGAGUACCAGCUGAAUCACAAUUAUUACAAUUAUAUAACGGUGAUACUCUGGUUACCUCUGUUGAAGGUGACAAUUACAUGCUAGGUGCCUUUCCUGUUGAUAAUUUUAUGACGUUGAAGGUUAUUGAUACUAAUCCUAGCAGUCAUAGAAAUCAAUAUAAUGAUUUAUCACUGGUGGAAAAAUAUGAAUUGCCUGAAGAAGAAUAUGCGAAACGCACAGGAAAGUUGUCCUACAUAAUCAUCAUUAUCUCACUUGCUCAUUCUCAAACCUCUGAUUCAGAUACUUUUGAGGAAGAGGCCAAAAAUAUAAAAGUUGGGGAUCGCUGUGAGGUAGAUUUUGGUGAUGCUGAAGGAUUAAAGCGUCGAGGAACUGUCAAAUAUGUUGGUGAAACCAAAUUUAAGCCUGGUUAUUGGGUUGGUGUACAGUAUGAUGAACCAGUUGGAAAACAUGAUGGUGUUGUUCAAGGCGAACGAUAUUUUUCUUGUCCUGAUAAGUAUGGUGCAUUUGUUAGACCGAAUAAGGUGAAAGUAGGUGAUUACCCAGAAGAAGAGUUUGAGGAAAUGUAG